AUGGAAGAGCACAAAUGGCGCUACUUGAGAGAUUUCCUCUCCCGGGGAUUGGUGAACGAAACUGCCGAUCAUCGUAUGAGGAGGUACACGGACAUGAUAAGGAGAUUGGAGCCUGAAGUUCGUGAGUGCUACUUUGAGAGCACUGACCUGGACUCGACCGAGUUCGUGGCAAUGCUUCUUCUCGAUGCAUCUUUCAUCAUCGAGUUCUUCGUGAAAUGGUUUAGCGGCGAGGACGACCCACUGUUUUCGGUCAGCUGGAGCUUGCCUCUCCUCUUGAAUGACAUGCUGAUGCUCGAGAACCAAAUACCUUUCUUCGUGAUAGAAAGAUUGUAUGAUAUCUCUACAUUUGAUCCAGAUCGUCCAGAAGACGCUCAACCAAAGCCUUCUCUCAUUGGGAUCAUCACGGAUUACUUACGAGGGAUUGAAGAUGCAGAAGUGCGGCACGACCGAGAAAAUGUGCAUCACAUGCUCCAUCUCUAUCACUGUUGCUUUGUUCAGCCACUCGAACUGCCAAGAAAUGCAAACGAAGAAGGUGGAAAUGCGAAUAAUAUUGGUAAUCCCUUCCUGUUCUUGCCCAAGAUGAUCCCAUGCGCAACACAGCUCCGCGAAUUUGGUGUUCACAUAAAAAAGAACAAGCAUGCAAGGAGCAUGUUUGAUAUCUCCUUCCGGAACGGCACACUCGAAAUCCCUCGCGUCGCCAUUGAGGAGAUGACAAGGUCCAGGUACAUGAAUCUCAUUGCAUUCGAGCAGUGCCAUGACAACGGCAAGUAUCUGACCAGCUAUGCGGUCUUCAUGGCUUACCUCAUCAACACUGCUCAAGAUGCUAUCCUCCUGCAGCGCUACGAUGUCAUCGACAACAAGCUAGCAAAUGAGGAGGAGGCCGCCAAGUUCUUCAGCCAGCUUCAUGCCUGUUCCUACAUUAACUAUGACGAGCAUUACCUGGCCCCUGUGUUCAGAGACAUCAAUACAUAUUGCCGGCGAUGGUGGCCCAAGCGGAGAGCCAGGCUAUGCCACGACUACUUCGCCAGCCCAUGGGCAGUUAUCUCGUUCUUGGCAGCACUGAUCUUUAUGGGCUUCUCAAUCUUUAAGAUAGUCGUCAUGAUUUUGAGUGUCUUCUUUCAUUUCCACGAAAGAAAGUGA